AGGGCAGCCACGUGUGGGAAGCGCUUUACGGGGCAGCGGCAGCAUGGCGUCCGUGGGCACGAACAGGAAAAAGCAAAGGCUGCGAGAUGUUUCUGCUGCAACGUCUGCAGGGGCCGAGCGUAAAAGGCGAAAGCUUCCAGUGGCAGAAGAGAGAUCCUGGCAGAAAGCUGGCUCCAAACUGAAUGAGGAGAUCUCCAGUGAUUCUGAGCCAGAUAGCCCUGCAAAGAAAAAGAGCAAUGAAGCAGAAGAGGAGAUAGAAGAGACACCACAAGAGAAGAAGUUGAGAUUAGCAAAAUUAUACUUGGAGCAGCUUCGACAGCAAGAAGAGGAGAAGGCAGAAGAAGAGGCCUUUGAAAGAGACCUGGUUGCUGGUCGGCUGAAGGAAGAUGUGCUUGAACAGAAAGGAAAAUUACAGCGACAAAUUGCCAAAAACUUGCAGCUUCCUGACAGAGCUGACAUCCGUGUACUACGAGGUCACCGGCUGCCCAUCACUUGUUUAGUCAUAUCACCCGAUGAUGAAUACAUCUUUUCUGCAGCCAAAGACUGCUCCAUCAUCAAGUGGGAUGUGAAGAGUGGGAAGAAGCUUCAUGUGAUCCAUGGAGGGAAGAAAGUGACAGAGGAAAGUCACGGCCACACGGCACACAUCCUCUCCAUGGCUGUCUCCUCGGAUGGAAAAUACCUGGCUACAGGAGAUAAGAACAAACUCAUUAUGAUCUGGGAAGCUGCAACUUGCCAGCACCUGUAUAAGUUCACAGGUCAUCGUGAUGCUGUGUCGGGCCUGUCUUUCCGAAAAGGCACACACCAGUUGUACAGUGCCUCACAUGAUCGGUCAGUCAAAGUGUGGAAUGUGGCAGAGAAUGCCUAUGUGGAAACCUUGUUUGGCCAUCAGGAUGUGAUUACGGGACUGGACAGCCUGAGCCGGGAGUGCUGUGUUACGUCCGGGGGCAGGGAUGGCACUGUCAGAGUCUGGAAGAUCCCUGAAGAAUCCCAGCUUGUGUUUUACGGACACCAGGGUUCCAUUGACUGUAUCCAGCUGAUCAAUGAGGAGCAUAUGGUGUCUGGGGCAGAUGAUGGGUCAGUAGCCCUCUGGGGUCUCUCAAAAAAGAAGCCACUAACCACAGUGAAGCAGGCCCAUGGGUUACAGGGUGCACAAGGCCUGGAACAGCCCUGUUGGAUCACUUCUGUUGCUGCCUUGCUGAACAGUGACGUUGUAGCCACAGGUUCUCACAGUGCCAGUGUGAAGUUGUGGAAGUGCGGAGAGGGAUUCCGGAAGCUGGAACCACUUUUUGAUAUUCCCCUGGUUGGCUUUGUUAAUAGUUUGAAAUUCUCAAACACUGGACAUUUUCUAGUUGCUGGAAUAGGACAAGAGCACAGAUUGGGUCGUUGGUGGAGAAUCAAAGAGGCCAAGAAUAGCAUAUGCAUUAUCCCACUAAAGAAGACAGUAGCAAGCAACAUAGAGAUACCUGCUGAAGGUUCCUAAUGUUCUUUCCAUUUCCUUUGAAGGAUGCUCUUAAAUUAAUCUGUAUAUUAAACAUAUCUUUUUUGUUUUUGUAAAAUAGUAGUGGCAGUCUCUUUAUUAUCCUCUCAAAUGUUGUUGAUUAGAAUCUCAAAAACAGGGGAGCUGUGCUUUCUGAAAUAAAGAAUACCCAUGAUGUUCUAUGGCAGGGUUGGAGCAAAGGACAAAAAAAUGACAGUGCAGUAGAUAAAGGAGUUGUUUUAUUUCAGCUAUGUCAUUGCUAUGCAUUUUGCUGAUUCUUCUUCAGGGAGAUCUGUAUCAGGCAAUUCCCACAGCAACAGUUUUUCAGAUAGUGAAGCAGACUCUUCACUCUGAAAAACUGUUGCUGUGGUAGUUGCCUGAUAUGUUAUACAUAACCCCUAAACAAAGCAUCAGCAAAAUGACUUUUCCACUGCACCAUCUCUCCCCCCUCCCCAUUUUUGCUCUGUUCUUGGUGCAGGUCUCUUUUCCAG